AUUUUUUUCAUGUCGGACCCCGCCGAGAGGUCUCUCAACCAACCCGCUUUGUCUCUGGAACCCUCCCUCGUCUUCUGCAAAACCCUAGUUUUUUCCAAAAUUUCUCAAAUCUCCUCUCUGCAAACCCUAGAGAAUCAUAGUUAUUCUCUAAAGUGAGUUAGUCAUGCCACCCCGGGCAGUGAACAGGAAGGCUGGUGCCUCGGGCACUAAGCCGGGGCCGAGGGCAAGGAAAACGAUUGCCAAAUCAAAACCAGAGGCAGUUCCCUCGAGUUCCCCUGGUGAAAAUAAAGUGUCGGAAACGGAGGAGCCGUCGAGCCUCGUCGAAGAGAAGAUGACUACGGAAGAUGUGCAGAACAAUGCCAAAGAAGAGAUGCCGGCCUCGAAGAGUGAAGAAGUCGAGGAAGCGUCCCAGUCCUCUAAAGACAAGACUGUUGUUACAGAAGAGGUUUCUGUGACUGAGGUGGUGGCCGAGGAGCAAAGGACUGUUUCUGCAGAAACCGUCGAGGAGAAGACUUUGGAAAUCACGUCGGAAGGCCCUCUCACUUUGAAUGCUGGGGAUGUUGGGAAGGCAGAUGACAUGGAGGACAUAGAGUUGAGGGAAGGGGUGGACGACAAAGACAAUAAGAAUGGAGGUGCUCAGAUGGAUCUUGAUGAAGGUGCCAAACAGGUUAUAGUUGAAGAGACUGAAGCUGAUGAAGUUGAAGAUAUCAAACUGGUUGGGGAUGUAGAUAACACUGCUGGUACCAAUGGAAAUGAUAAUAGGGAUGGAGAGGAUGACAAGAUUGGAAGUGAUGAGGAGGAAAAUGAGGAGGAAAAUGAAGAGGACAACGAAGAAGAAAAUGAGGAGGAAAAUGAAGAGGACAACGAAGAAGAAAAUGAGGAGGAAAAUGAAGAGGAAGAUGAUCCUUCUUUAUACAUGCAAACUCCUCUUACAGAGAGGAAAAAAGAUAAGGAGUUUGAAAUUUUUGUGGGAGGGUUGGACAAGGAGGCAGUUGAAGAAGAUUUAAUUGAAGUUUUCGGGAAAUUUGGGGAAAUUCAAGCUGCAAGGAUAGUAAAACAUCCAACUACAAAGAAAAGCAAAGGUUUUGCAUUUAUUCGAUAUGCCUCUGUUGAGCAAGCCAAAAAGGCGCUGGCUGAGUUGAAAGAUGGGACAGAGGUGAGGGGCAAGCGUGUUGGUAUAUCCCAGAGUCAGGACAAUGAUACACUUUACAUGGGUAACAUUUGUAAGACUUGGACAAAAGAGCAUGUACUUGAAACAUUGAAAAGCUUUGGUGUUGAACAAAUUGUGGAGACGUAUUUACCUGAUGAUCCUAAGAAUGAAGGGAAGAAUAAAGGUUUUGCUCUUCUGGAAUUUAGUACCCACUCUGAUGCCAUGGCGGCAUUUCAUCGGCUUAGAAAGCCGGAUGCUGUCUUUGGCCGUGACAGAAGUGCCAAGGUGGCAUUUGCACAGUCUUCAAUUCAUCCCAGUGAGGAAGCUCUUUCACAGGUGAAGACUGUAUAUGUUGAAGGCCUGACAGAUUCUUGGGACAACGAGAAAGUUACGGAGCUCUGCAAGCAAUAUGGUGACAUAGAGAAAGUCCAGUUAUCUCGGGAUCUUGUUACCAAGAGGAAAGAUUUUGGAUUUAUUACAUUUACUUCUCGAGAAAGUGCUGUAGCUUGUAUAGAAGGGAUCAAUAAUGCCCAGAUUGGGGAAGGAGAUGUCAAGAUCAAAGCUAACCUUGCAAAGCCUCAGAAUAAGGGCCGACUUGCAAAGCAGGGUGCUCGGGGUGGUUUUAAGGUUAAAAAGGAGGGAGACAAGGUUGAAGAGACUGGAACAUCGAAGUCAAAAAGCCAUGUAAACUCCAAAGGGAGUGCAAGAAAGAAGAAAGCUCUUCACAAGGCUAAAAGUGCCAAGGGAGGCAAGCCAAGUAAAUCCCAAAUCAAUGUUUCCGGAGGUCAAAGCACUGGGGUGCCUUUCAGGUCAGAUGAAACUAACCGCCAGAGAAAGGGAAAACCUGCAAAGGGUGAGAAGCGUAGUAGGAGAGAGGUUGAUGCUGGUUAUAGUGGGCGGUCAUCAAAGAAGGCACGAGGUAGCAAUACGCAUGGUAGGCCAGCCACUGGUUUUGGUAACCAAAGAAGCAAAUCUCGUUUUGGGAAGGCAAGGCCAAACUAUGGGGCAGCUUCUUUUGUACAUGGGAAUUCCUAUGCACAGGGGUAUCUUGCACCUGCAUCCAGGUACCAGAGUUAUGCUUAUGGAGCAGCUUCCGGAUCUAAAGGGCACUACUCAGAUUUGGAGCCUCAUGCUGGAUAUGUUGAACCUGCUAAUCAUAAACAAGGCCAGGAUCAAUAUGGUUAUGGGAUGAGAAGAGGUGCUGGAUACUCUGCCCAGGGGAGCAGUGGUGCUGCUUAUGGAGGAGGAUCAGUACUUCCACCUUCCUAUGCUCCAAAUUACUCAGGCUAUUCUGGAUAUGAGGGCGCUGGCGCAGGCAGUGGUUAUGGGUAUCCAAAUAGUGGAGCAUACCCACCUCGACAGGCGUACUAUUGAAGUCACAAAAGCUUUGGUAGUGGAGCGUACUUUAUUUGAUGGAUUCAUCAUGGGUGGGAAUCCUUUUUAAAGUCUCAUGCCACA